AUGACUGAUGAAUUGAAAUUGAUAGUAGAUCAGUUUGAAUCAUCAAUUAAUAAAAAUCCUUAUGCUUGUGAAAAUUAUGAUAAAGUUUUAAAUGAGUUACUGGUUUUACAAGAUAGAUCAUUAAUUAUUAAUAAAGUUUAUACUGAAAAAAUUAAGUAUUUUAAACUUCGUCAACUGGAAUUGAAUAAUUGGUUAUUUGAAAUUAGAUCAAUAAUUGAUGAAGAAGAAAGAUCAAGGUUAGAAUUUAAAUUUUAUGAAUUGAUAAUUGAUGAUUAUUCAACUGUUUCAAUAUGGACAAGUACGUUAAGACUAGCCGGAGAAUUGUAUCAAAAUAAUAACAUGUCUCAAAGUGAGUACAGAUCCUUGAUUUUUAAAGCUUUAUAUACUUGUGGUCAUGAUUUUCAAAACGGAUAUAGCAUAUGGGAAUUGGGUUUAGACGUGUUUUAUCAAAAUUUUAUAAAAACAAAUGAGCCAAGUGAUUUGGAUUUAUUAGUGAAAUUGCACUUAAAAAGAUUAAGUUUUCCUUUAGCUCAACUAGACGAGUGUUUUCAAGAAUUUUCAUCUUUAAUAAGUAAUCACAAAAGUCAAAAUUAUGAUGAAUUAAUCCAAAUGGGUAAUAAAGUUUACACAUCAACUAAAAAAAAAAUACCACAAUAUGAACGAUACGAAGUUCAAUUGAUCGAAAAUCCAAAUGACCCAGAAAUCUGGAUAGAAUAUAUGGAAAAUGUAUAUAAAUAUCUGUCUGGUGGGAAUCUUCCUCCAGUUCAAGCCAUUUUUGCAAGAGCAACACAAAAUGAAUUAUCUUUUUCAAAUAAUUGGCAACAAAUUUGGAUUUCCCUUUUGUAUAUAAUUUAUUCAUCAGAAAAAGCUACAGAUGAAACAAUAAACACAUUUUUACACAAUUAUAUCAGGGCUUUUCCAAAUUCAUGUAAUGCCUAUGCCGAAAGUAUUAAAAAUUGUGUAGCAUUGGGCACAGAAGGUAAUCAACAUUAUCUAACAUUAGAGGAUAGAAUGAAUUUAAUAGAACUAAAAUCGACAUCAGAAUAUAGCGAUUGGAAGUUAGUGGCGUUGGCAACAAUACAGUUUAAAUAUCAAGGAGAACAAGCAUAUGAUGGAUUUGAUCUGAUUGAUCAUUUAUUAAAGUCCAUGGUUGAAUAUGCAUUAAAAAAUGAGGAUCCACUUCAUUCAGUUGAAAAAUUGGCAAUAUCAAUAUAUUUGAAAUUAAAUGAACCUAAAAGAGCAGUUGAUGUAAUAAUGCUGUUAUUUACAACUUUUUGUACCGAAUCAGAUGUAUGGAUUUAUGGACUACAACUAAUGAUGAAACUUGAUUUAAAUCUUCAAACUGUAAGAUCCUUAUUUAUGAAAGCAUUAACAUUUGAUUUAGAUUUUCCAGAAAAAAUAACUGAUCAAUGGCUAUUAUUCGAACAGGUUGAUGGUGAUUUAGAUUCUUACAGACAAGCAGUAGUUUAUUGUAACAAUCUGGUUAAAAAAAUUAUGCAAUCAAGACAAGUGAAAGCUGUGUUACCAGUUGAAAGAAAAAGGAAUCAUGAUGUUGCAGAAGAAUCUCAAAGAUCAAGAGAAGAAUUUUCUGUCCAAGUUAAUAAUUUAUCACAAGGUGUUACUAAGGAGGAUGUUAAAACGUUUUUCAGUGAUUGUGGUGAUAUCAGGGAUAUUAAUUUGGUCGAAUUUAAUGGUGAAAAAAAAGCAGUCAUCGAAUUUUCAAAUGAGCUUGAAGUAUUUUCAGCAAUUACAAGGAGCCAUAAAAUUUUGGGGGCUAAUGAAAUUUUGGUCACUAGAGUUCAAAAAACUUUAUUAUUUGUAAAUAAUUAUCCAAGUUCCUUUAGUCAGUUGCAAGUUAAAGAAAUGUUUGAAAGUGUUGGACCACUUGUAAGUAUAAGAUUCCCAUCCCAACUUAGAAAUAGAACAAGACGGUUUUGCUAUAUUCAAUUUGUCAAUCAUGAAAAUGCUCAAAAGGCUAUUGCAUUGUAUGAUGGUUUGAAAUACAAGGAUGGAAAUUUUAAUAGAGAAUCAACGUGGGUGGUCAAAUAUUCAGAACCACAAGAGAAUAAAGACAGAAAUUCUCCAAUGUCAGAACGUAAGAUAAGAGUCACCAAUAUCUCAUUUUCAAUAACUGAAGACGAGUUGAAAAAUGAGUUUUCCGAGUUUGGGGAGAUUGAUCUGAUUUCUUUACCAAAAGCAGUUUUUGAUACAAAAAACAGGAGAAUGAAACAAAAUGGUGGAAUUGCUAUAAUCGCAUUCAAAAACGUUGAAAGUGUUGAUGAUGCGUUGUCAAAGGAUGGAUUUAAUAUAAAAGAUAGAGCAAUUAAAGUAUCAAAACUACAAAUCCAAAAUAAUCUUACCCCAGAAGAUUUUGAUCAAUUAAAAAGUGUUGGUCUUACCGAUAUAAAUUCAUCACUAAAUCAAUAUCAAAUUAAGAAUCAUUUAGAGAAAAAUUAUGGUAGAGUUAAUAAAAUACUACUACUACCUCAUUUAUAUUCUGCUUUGAUUGAAUUUGAUGAUAUUAAAGAUUGUGGUAAAAUUGGUCUCAAUGGUGGAUCUCUUGAAAUAGAUAAUUACUUGAUUCAAAUUACAAGUAAACAGGAAAUUACAAAUUUGAUAAUUUCCAAUACUAACACAAGAUCUACUGGUAAUGCUUCUAGAGCUAAUGCAAAAAAAUCACCAAUGGUUCCUACCUCGAUCAAAAGAAGAAAAAUAUAA